AUGUCGGAUCCGGCACAAAUAGCAGGCAAGCGCAAGAGAGCCAGGACGCAGUCUUGCCCACCCCCGGAGUUGCCUCAACUCGUCGCGGAGCAGCAUGUUCCGAUCUCCGCCCAUGACAAGGAUACCCAGCGUUUGAUUGUCGUCCUCUCGCACGCCAGUCUGGAAACUUACCGGGCGUCCUCGGGGGGUCGCAACGGGACGGCACGCGAUGAGAAGUAUUCUUUACUCAACAGCGACGAGCACAUCGGUGUCAUGCGCAAGAUGAACCGGGAUAUCAGUGAAGCGCGGCCCGAUAUCACCCAUCAGUGCCUUCUCACCCUGCUCGAUUCCCCCGUCAACAAGGCCGGCAAGCUGCAGAUCUUCAUCCACACGGCCAAAGGCGUCCUGAUCGAGGUCAACCCCAGCGUUCGCAUUCCGCGAACUUUCAAGCGGUUCGCCGGUCUGAUGGUUCAGCUCCUGCACCGUCUCUCCAUCCGCUCCACCAACUCGCAGGAGAAGCUUCUCAAGGUUAUCAAGAACCCCAUCACCGAUCAUCUGCCCCCCAACUGCCGGAAGGUGACGCUCAGUUACGAGGCGCCCGUCGUCCGGACCCGGGACUACCUCGAGACCCUCAGUUCCAACGAGAGCGUGUGUAUCUUCGUCGGUGCCAUGGCCAAGGGCCACGACGAUUUCGCCGACUCCUUCAAGGACGACACCAUCAGUAUCAGCAACUACAGUCUGAGCGCAAGCGUUGCCUGCAGCAAAUUCUGCCAUGCCGCCGAGGAAGUGUGGGACAUCAUCUGA